GAAAAACCGCGGGAAAGAGCCCCCAGUGGCAAGCAGAGUCUCCACCACACCAAUGGAGCAGGAGCUGCUGCGGAUCCUGCGGAGCCUCAAGUCCCCGCGCCAUCUGCUGCAGGCCCACGCCCAGCUCCUCGCCCGCGGCCUCGCCGCGAGCCCGCGCCUCCUCCCGGCCCUCGUCUCCGCCGCGCUCUCCGCCGCCCCCGCCUCCCCGUCCCCCGCGCGCCACGCCGCCGCCGCCGCGAUCCUCCGCGCCGCCGGGGCCGCCGCCUCCACCGUCGCGCACAACACCCUCAUCGAGCGCCUCGCCGGGCGCGGCGGCGGCGGCAGCGGCUCCGCGAAGGACGCGCUCGCGGCCUACGCCGCCAUGCGCGCCGCGGGGGUGCCCCCCAACGGGUUCACCUUCACGUUCCUGCUCCGCGCGUGCAAGUCCCUGAGGCGGCUGCCGCCGUGCCGGUGCGUCCACGGCCAGAUCGUGCGGUGCGGGUUCGGGACCGACGUGGUCGUGCAGAACGCGCUUCUGAACGUGUACCACGAGUGUGGCGACCCGGAGGACGUCGGGGCUGCUUGGGAAGUGUUCGACGGAAUGCCUGAUAGGGACGUGGUUUCCUGGAACUCCAUCGUUGGGGUGUACAUGUCAAGCGGAGAUGCCGCGGGGGCGAUGGAGUUGUUUGAGGCGAUGCCGGAGAGGAAUGUCGUAUCAUGGAACACGGUUGUUGCCGGGUUCACGAGGGCUGGAGACAUGGUGUCAGCUCGCUCCGUCUUUGACAGGAUGCCGAUCCGGGAUGCCAUUUCUUGGAACCUGAUGAUCUCAGGGUAUGCAACGAGCGGUGAUGUGGAGGCUGCACGAUCGCUUUUUGAUGAGAUGGACCAGAAGGAUGUGGUUUCAUGGACGGCGAUGGUGUCUGCUUACGCAAAGAUCGGGGAUAUAGAUUCAGCCAAAGUGUUGUUUGAUCUUAUGCCUGUUAAGAACUUGGUUUCGUGGAACGCAAUGAUAACAGCGUACAAUCACAACUCGAGGUAUGAUGAGGCACUGCGCACAUUUCAGCAGAUAAUGAUCGAGGGAAGAUUCAUGCCUGAUGAAGCUACAUUAGUAAGUGUUGUCUCAGCCUGUGCCCAGCUGGGCAGUGCUGAGUAUUGCAACUGGGUCAGUUCUUACAUUAGUAAGAGCAACACUCAUAUAACUGUCGCUCUAGGAAAUGCUCUCAUAGACAUGUUUGCAAAAUGUGGAGAUGUAGGAAGAGCACGGUCAAUUUUUGACAGAAUGAAAACAAGAUGCAUCAUUGCAUGGACAACAAUGAUUUCUGGUUUUGCUUACAAUGGACAGACUAGAGAAGCCCUGUUGAUGUACAAUGAAAUGUGCAGAGAAGGAGUCCAACUGGAUGACACAGUCUUUAUUGCUGCACUUGCUGCUUGUGCUCAUGGAGGUUUAUUGCAAGAAGGUUGGAGCAUUUUUAAGAAAAUGGUUGAGCACUAUGGGAUUGUGCCAAGAAUGGAGCACUAUGGAUGCAUGGUGGAUCUACUUGGUCGAGCUGGUAUGUUACAAGAGGCAGUUCAAUUUAUUGAAAGCAUGCCUCUUAAGCCUGGGGCUAUCAUUUGGGUAACUUUACUUAGUUCUUGCAUUGCACAUGGUAAUGCAGAGUUGACAGAGUAUGUCAGCACAAAGAUAGUUGAAAUAGAACCAUUUAAUUCCAGUUAUCAAGUGUUGGUAUCCAAUUGUAGCGCUCUAGAGGGAAGGUGGGGCAGUGUGUUGGAUGCACGCAAAACAAUGCGUGACUGGGGAAUUGAGAAAACACCUGGUAGUAGCUUGAUCCAGGUAGGAAGUGAAGUCCAUGAGUUUUUGGCUAAAGACACAAGGCACCAAAAAAGAAAACAGAUAUAUGAAACUCUGGAUGGUUUGAUAGCCAUCAUCCGACAUUCAGAGCACACACCUUGGAUAAGUUAUUGCAGCACACUCUAGUAAUAGAAAGCUUUUCUUUGAGUAUUUUGCCAUCUUACAGGUAUAAAGACUACAGUGUAAACUCCAGACUGGAUUCUUUGGGAGGCCUUGUUUUGAAUAGCCUGAGCUUUGUUGCCAAGAUUGUGAUUAGAUCAACAAUUGAAAGAUUAAUGGCAUCCGUGGCCAGUAGAGGACCAUUCUGCAAUAGGUUCAGUAUUCAUGAUAUUGCCAGGUUGGUUGUGUGCUCUACUGCUGUUCACUUGACAUUUGAAGGAAAAGCUGAUUCAGCUGUCACCAAUGAUCUGCAAUAUUGUGGAACUGGGGACCUCUAGUGAGUUACAGUUGUAUUAAGUUGGCCAGAUGUGUCGAUAUUGAAUGAAAAUAGUAGGCACUCUGCAGCAACUACCAGGCUGGGAAUUAACACUGAAUCACAUUUAUAUAAGAUUUAUGUGGGCUGCCAUUGACAUGAGUCGAUCUUGUGACAGUGUUUAAGAGGAGCCUACUUAGCAUCUUAGAUAAUUCAGUAAGCACACAGCCAACCAGUCAACCAAUGACAGUGACAGACCAUACGAACAAGCAUGUUAUUCUGGAAUAUGACAAUUAUGAACUUACUAGUCUGACCUCAUCCUGGCCAAUACUCCUCCUAACAUCUAGCAUGCUAUGGUACAUAUUUCUGCACCAACAAACUUGUUUAUAUGCUAUUUUCAUGUUAUUGGAUCAAUGCAAAUAUGAAAAAGAAAAAAAAUGCUUAAACAGCUUCCUAUGGAGAGUUCACUGAUGAUUAUUUCUGAAGGUGCAAACACAAGUUACCAUAUCAUCAAAUGGAAUUAUAUCUUUUCUGUUGUUUCUGCACUUGCAUUAGCAUGUACAGUACAACCAUAUAUCAUGUUCCCAUCUUCACAUGGUUUGUCAUCACAGUGUUUACAAGAAAUUUUUAUUUUAUCGUCAGUUUCGAUUGAGUUUCAUAUUGGUUUCAGGUUGGUGCUGUUAGCUGCACACCUUAGUGACCACUCUGUUUAGUAUGCCCUCAGUUCUUUUGCUUUGACCAUUGAAACUCUCAAAAUUGAUUCUGUGUGAAUUAUAUAGCUAGACUUGUCUUUAAAAAAUAUAGUUAAGAAAGUAGUCAAAAUGAUGUGUCGAAAACCAUUAAAGGCCGAUAGAGAUCAGAUAAGAAAACAGGGUAUUUUACAAGUUUGAACUCCUCUCACUUCUCUCUCUAGUGAGAGGACAAAAGUCCGGCAGUCCUCCGUCCAAAAACAAAAUUUACAGUCCAAGGAAAAUAGUUUAUCCGAAGAUGACAACCACUUUCUGUAGUAAAAAUUUACUUGUUUUCUAUUUUACGAGUAAAAGUUUGGUCUAAUGUUUGAAUCUUCAAAUUGUAGGUACGCUCCCCUGCCUUUACUACUUUUUAUGACCAAAUUUUUAAAGAUAAACAUGAACACGUCCUUUUCUAUGUUCUGAAUCCAGAAGAUUUGAGUGCUUUCAUAUCGCAGCUUUUUUUGUCUUUAGAGGAAGCCAUCCGUAUGGUAUCAUCCUGUUUCCUGUCUUUCUGACUCCAGCCUUUUGAUUUUGCUCCUUUGUCACUUUAAUCAUCAAUGGCGGCAGUCUGACAUCACUACAUAACUUUGUUUUGCUUCAGGAUUACAAUAGAGUAUUAUAAAAUUCACAAUAAUAAUAACAAAUCUGAUCUAGAAAACAGCGGUUACUUUGUGAGCCCUGAAUGUGCUUAUGCAUUUCAAAGCAUGUAUUUUUUUCCUUGCAAAAAGAGGGCAUGCACUUUCUCAUACCUUUAAAUAACUAAUCAGGAUCUUCAAUUUGAUACAACCAAUUAUACAAGCAUUGGAUCUCAACUUAUUGCAUCGUAUACUCCAAUACAACUGGUUAUACUUUGGUCUGUUCCAAAAGAUUACGGCAUCAACUUUAUAUAUACUCUUCUUUGCACUAAGCAUUCAUUGGAUCCUCAUUUUCUGCAGCCUACGGAACUGCAUCAUUAGUCUCUCAGGACGCAAAAUGCAUGCAAUUUGAUCUCCCUCUGAUAUGCUGUCCCCCACAAAGUUGUAGCGUUUUUGACAGAAUUUUGUACCUGAUGCUGCAGCUGUUGAGCAUAUCUUAACUUGGUGAGGUUGAUCCAGUUUGUUCAUGAAGAACGUUGAUCUUUCAAGUCUGUACAAUUCUCCGGAACAAACUUAUAAAUACUCCAUGUGCCCAGUAGUUCAGUUGACAUGCUAGAGUUCUGAACGCAGUUGCUGUCUUCUGGUCCCAUAUAUAUAAAUAAUGGUACUCGUACAUGCUGCAACCCAGAAGCAUCACUUCCAUGUUCAACUACCCAAGAGUACCACAAUGCCGGGUGCUCCUCAACUACCUUCAGCGGUACUUCUUCUGUUUCUCAUGUGCAGCUUGGACCAUGAUGUGGCAGCCUUUAGGGGCAAAUGGUGGCGACCACAAGAGGCAAUUUCACAAGGCCUCGCCCCAAACAGGAGGCAACUAUGUUGAAAAUUUGCUUGAUUUUGUCAAGGCAAGCUUUGCCUCUCCCGGGCAUGAUUGAUGUUGGAACCUUGACCGGAGGCGCCAAUGGGAGUGUCAAUUCUGCCAUGUGGAUUCCCCUGUUUCCUGCCCGGUUCUUGGACCCAAGAAGCGUAUUAUAUUGCCUCUUCAAUCGUCCUAAUGAAUUACAGCCACUUUUCGGUUUGCUGCAGUUAUCCCUUUGCUUCCCGAAGCUGGAGCACUGCACUGAAGCCGUGAAGGUGGGUUGUUGUCCGGAGAGGGCGAUGGCUCUCUCUGAAUCUCCCUGUAUGGCUGGGCUGUUCAGUAAUCAUGCCAGUGAGGCACUGGAGGUGUCCAGACCCCAGAAAAAUGACUAGAUUCAACCAUGAAGCAGAAUGUACUACAUGUUCAUGGUAACUCGGUUCUAUAUAGUUCAGAACUCAAAUGAUCUUAAGCCCUGUUUGUUUUUGCUUAGCUUAUAAUCUAAGCAUAUUCGAGAGAAGCGAGGAUUUUCU